CCGCCGCUGCCGGGUGCGCUGAGGUGGCUUCCGGUCGGGCCUGGCCGGGUCACCCGUGUCUCCUCUCGACCCUGCGCGGCCGGUGUGUCGGUCACGGUGCCUGCCUCGCCUGGCUGGGCUCGUCCUCUGGGGACUGGAGUGGAAGUUUUCUGAGACUCUUGUCCUUGUACUACUAAAAUUAUCCCUAACUAAAGAUGCAUCCAGACCUGUCUCCGCAUCUGCACACUGAAGAAUGUAACCUAGUUAUCAGUCUGCUCAAGAAGUGUCACAAGGAGCACAACAUUUUGAAAUUUUUUGGCCACUGCAAUGAUAUUGACCGUGAGAUGCGGAAGUGCUUAAAGAAAGAGUAUGAAGAAAACAGGGCCAGGAACCGGGCGAUGCGACGGAGGCUAAUCGAUGCUCACAAAAACUCAGAGAAGUGAGCUGUGCUGUAGUUGGACAGCUGCAUCUCAAUAGGGACACUCAGCUGCUGAAAGUUGACAGACUACUUCUUUCCCAUCACCAACGCUCAGCCUGUGGUUUGUGAAAUCGUGAAAAAAUAAACGCACCUAAUACAUACAUACUCAUUCCCAGCAAGGCAAACAGUGUGGAAAAAAAUAAAUAUAAUAAAUGAUCACUCACAACUUAAUUUUUGACCUCUAAAAGAAAACUCUUGUGGUAGGUCUUUGUUCUGGCAUAGUUUUGUUAUGAUUGUUAAGUAAUGAGGAGUCAGUGUGUGUGGAGUAUUAUGUAUUCAAGGCUGCUAUAUUGCCUACCUUGUGUUGAGUUGCAUGUAUUUCUUUGUGUUUAGCAGUUUCUCUUUCAUAUCUUGGGGUUUUUUGGUUUUGUUCUGUUCCUUGCAAAACACUGAAUAACUUUUUCCAUCACUCUCUGUGAUGUUGUGAUAACACUGCUUAAAUGAAUUAACAAAAAGAAAUUUUAAACAGAUGUGGCUUGAAAUUGGAAAUUGCCUAUCAAGUAAUAAUUGGAGUUCUAGUAUUUUUAUUGGAGCAAAAAUGAUGAAACUACCAUCUUCCACUGAGAAGAUUAAAAAUCCUUCCUGCCAACCGUAUGUACAGUGUAGACUGUUGUAAGACAAUUUGUUCAUCAUACCCAAAGCAAGUGGCCUUAGAAAUUCAGAAUGGAACAUUUCCAGGGAUUUACAAAGCUUUGCCUUGAUUUUUGUUGAGCACAAUCAAUGUGUGCUGAGUGAUUUUUUAGAAGAGGAGUGCUGUGAAAAAUACAAGCUAAGUAGUUCUUCCACGAAUUCUGGUACAAACAUGAAGUCAAGUUAUGACUAUUGCUCUUGAAGGAAAACUCACAUUGAAGUGAAAGAAAGUGUAACUUGCCUUUCAGUUACGCAAGUCAACUAGUAUUGUAUUAGCCAAGUUGCCUCGUUAGCCUACAAGAGCUGUUUAUUUGCUAUCAAACUGCAGAAAGUCCUCAACAAGUCUCUGAAUUCAGAAGAUUUGAUAUUAAAACAUAUUGGUUUGUGCAGUGAUGGAGCUGCUUCUCUGGGUGUCUGCUGGAUUCAGCUUAUUUUUAAAUGACUUUUCUGUUCUGCCUAGCAACAAAAGACUAUUUUAAAAAAAUAAAUUUUAUUGAGCCAAAUAUACUAAGUGUCUUGAAACCUUUUGAAAAAAAGGGUGCCUAUUCUACAAUGAAUUCUACAGUUUGUUGUAAGAACCAUUGUUGACACUCAAUCUUGAAAUUAGUACAUGCACCUGGUUUUGGAAGACAGGUGUAUUUUGUGAUCUAUUUUGAAAGAUUAAUUAUAUAGAAUAAUUUUACUUAUUUUUCAAUACCUGGAUGGACCCAGUUAAAUUGCUAAAACUUAACCACAAAUGUUUUCAGUGAAAGUUCCAAGAAAAACUGAAGCAAUUGUUUCUGCAUCUUUUGACAUGCUGUCUGCUUUCUUAGAACAAGGAAAUGAUGUAUUUGAAUUAAAUACUUGAGUGGUUGGAAGUGGUGCAGUCUUUUUAUUGUUACUCUUCAGAAUACUUUUGAAGUACUUUGUAGUGAAGUUCCCUAGCUGGGAACUCUGCAUCCUUGAUCCUUCUUCAAUUUGUGAUGACAAAAUCUACUUCAGGCAAGCUCUUAAAUAGGAUUUGGUGAUGCUUGUAAUCUUUAAGUAAAUAAAUAAAUAGAGAAUUGUCCUAGAGAUUAGGUUGAGAAGCUGUUAUCUGAGUGCAGAAGCACUGAAGCUUUUCUUUCUUUCAACAGCUUCUGUGAGUCCAGAUCUUUCACUAGAAUAGCAACAAAAUAAGAAUCCAAGAGCCACUUAACACAGCUCGUUAGUCAGAAUCAUGUUUUCAGAGAUCAAUGUGCUUAAUGAAUGAAAGACCAAAUGGCAUGCACAAUUUCUAUUGAUACUUUGAACUACAUUUAGCAAUAAAUCUAUUUUACAGAUACUUUGUUUACCUAGUGAAAGUAUGAUCAUGUUCAUCCUUCUGUUUCUUUUUGCUAAUUGCCUGUCAGUAGUGGGAUAUGAGAUCGCCCAUUGAUUCCUGUGGUUUUGUUCCUUUUUUUUUGAGAGGGGUUAUGUUGCUAGUUUGAAGCUGAGAAACACUAGUGUAAUAAUACUUACGAGUUAUCUGACAGAAAAAGAAAGUAAGGGUGAAAUGGUAAAUGCAUUUUUUUUGUUUCCUGAAGUGAGGUGAGUGGUGAGUAGGGGACAUGUUGGGUGAAAUAAACCUUGUCUAUAAGGAC